AUGCAGAACGUCUCCUCAGCGCCGCUGGACUCGUCCGACCUGCCGCCGCUGCCGCCGUUCUCGGCCGAUUCGCAACGCAACCCGUAUGGACUUCAUUCGUACGAAAACGCGCAUAGACGAGGGUUGAACACGCCUUCCUUGCGCACGAAUGCGAUCGAGCCCGCGUCGUCGGCCACGCGUUUCGAGUACACGUCACCGCGAGGCUACACUUCCACUUCGACAUCGGCCUCGCCGCAUUCCCAACCGUAUUCCCCUGCCCCGGGAUCAGCUCAGCCACAGUCACAACCACCACCAUCACAACAGCAGCAGCAAAACCUCUACAACGGGUCCAUGUCAUCCCCGACCCACUCGUACACCGCGACGGCCCAAUCCGGCCCCUCUCACCAGUCCGUCUCGAUGCGCCCCGAGGAGCUCGAGGCCUUGACGUCCCCGGUCACGACCGCGUACCGGCCACGACAACCCUCAGGAGAGGCUCCUCCUAGUGAUCAGAUCGACCCAUUGCAAGCGAGCCCUGCACCCAUCCAGUACGGCGACGACGCGAGCCCCGGUGCGCAUUCGUCCUCUUCCCAACACUCGCACAGCUACCCUUCCCAGCAACCGCCACUUCGAGCCUAUUCGACCUCGCCCGCGUCGAGCGAACAGAAUAGAGACUACCUAAAAGCCGAUUCACGGACGAGCGAUGAUCUAGCUCGGACGCGGUCGCAUUCGGCGUCGAGCCAGGGGCUUUCGGGCAUGGGAGAAGGUCUGGGUCUCGGGUCCAUCACUGAAAAUUCGUACCAAGCCAACGCGUCAGAGUCAGAUAGGAGACCAAGGUCGACCUAUCCCAAAUCCCAAUCGGGGAAAAUGAAUACCCUUGGUCCUGGCAUUAGCGAUACCGGCGCAUUGGGACAAGAUGACUUGGCCGCCACCGGCGGCUUCGACGAAGGCGUUCUGAAGGCGCUGUGCGAAAUGGACUGUGGCAUGCCUUUGGUCCUCGAUCGGAUGAAGCAAUCGAUUGCUUCUUCGCACGAAGCCUCAAUAUUCUUCAAGAAGAGGGCGCAGAUCGAGGAAGAGUACGCCAAGGCGAUGAUCAAGCUGGCCAGGAGCAGCAGUCAGGCGUACGGCGUGUCUGAGGGCAAAGCUGGGUGAGUCCAUCGUUACACACAUGGAUGUAUGACUUGGCGCUUAGAUCUAUUCAUCAUGAAUAGAACCUACGUGAACUCGUGGAUCUCGAUGCUGCGGACGCACGAACUCGUCGGUGACAACCAUCUCAAGUUUGCGGCUCAACUCGCCGAAAUGUCGGACGAGCUCGCCCUUCUCGGGAAAGAGGUCGACAAGAACCGUAAAUCGUCGAAGGAACUGGGCACGCGGCUGGAACGCGGUUUGGCCGAACAGGAAUCGCUCGUUGACAAGGCGCGGACGCGCUUCGAUUCGGCCGCCGAAGAAUUGGAACGGUUGUUAUUACUCAAGCAAGGCGAAUCGCUCAAGGACAAUGUCGUACCUCAUGCGUCGACGGCACCUUCGUCGACGUCUUCGAAUAAAAGGACGUUCGGCAAAGCGAUGAGCAAGCUGAAGGGGCCCAAAAACGCCGCCCAGGUCGCAAAGCAGGAGGAGGACGUCAGGAUGAGGAUGGGGCAGAGCUCGGACGCGUACCGGAGUCAGGUCAUUGGCGCACAGGCCGUUCGGCAGGAGUACUUUAAUCUGCAGCUUCCGAGGAUCCUGAGGGUAAGCACAGUUGGAGGGGUCAAGUCACGUCGGACCAAUUCCGCUGACACUUCCUACCAUCUCGUUGUACGCCACUCUCGCAGUCGCUCAAAGAGAGCACGGACGAGGUCGACCUAGGGGUACAGUACCACCUUACGCGGUAUGCCUAUAUCUUCGAGUCGACGCUCGUCACCGACGGCUUGACAGUAUCUCCUAUCAAUCCGGAUGAUGGUACGCAAUCCCACCGCUCGGCCGCCUUUGCAUUCGUUCGCAACUUACACUCCAUUACGCUGCAGGACCCGGUCUCAAGACGAUGGCCGACCUCAUUGAUACCCGCGAGGACUUCAAGCAAUACAUGCAGCAAUACUCUGUCAGCUGGCAAAUGUCUGGCCAACGAGGUCCCAAGCGCGAUGGGCCAACAGAGGACGGGUUUGUAAGUCAUCGGGACGAAGGCUUUUCACGGCCCGAACAUACUUGUUUUGACCCCAACCCUUUCCAUGUCGCGCGCGCAGAUGACUUCCUCCAGGCCCGUGUUGACGCCUCGAUCGUCGGCACUCGCGAUGUCGCAAAAUUAUGCCGGCCCCAUACUACCAACGUUCGGCAUCGAUCUCGGGGAGCAAAUGGCCCGCGAUGGGGUUGAAAUACCACGCGUGCUUGAGAAGUGCUGCGAAGCGAUCGAAUUGCAUGGUCUCGACUCAAUGGGACUGUAUCGACUGAGCGGGACGACGUCACGCGUGCAGAGGUUAAAACUGGCCUUGGAUCGAGGUGCGUCGGAAUAAGUACUAAGACUCAGUUCUAGACCUCGCUUUAAUGCUUAGCCGGUGUUUGCACGCAGACAUCGAGGGAACAGACCUCCUCUCGGACGAGCACCUCCAAGACAUCAACGACAUCGCCGCCGUCAUGAAGCUAUGGUUCCGCGAGCUACCCGAGCCUUUGCUCACCUGGGAGCUGUACCAUGGUUUCAUCGAAGCGGCCAAGAUCGAGAAUGAUCGAUUACGACAUAUCCGGUUGCAUGAACGCGUCAACGAGUUGCCCGAUCCUAAUUACGCAACUCUCAAGUUCCUCAUGGGACAUUUGGACAAGUGAGUCUCCUUGGCUCUCUCGUGUGUCCCUGCUCACUUCCACGGUACGUCCGAGACUGACGAGACAUGAGUUCCACAGAGUUCGCCAACACGAAUCAUCCAACCAGAUGGGAUGCAGUAACAUCGCCAUCGUGUUCGGACCCAACUUGCUUGGCGCGCCACCCAACGAAGGAGGCGGCUCCGCGUUGGCCGACAUGAGUUGGCAAUGCAAAUGCGUCGAAACGAUUCUUCAGCAUUAUGUCGAAAUCUUCGUCGGUGAGUGCCCGCGACCUGCGUAGUAUGUCCCCGGGUCUUUUGGUCCCCGGGCACUGAUUCUUGAUGUGGCGUUCGCAGACACGGACGCUUGA